AUCUACCGGUUCGCGGUAGGUCUACGCGCCGGUAGGUCUACCCGAUAAUCGUAAUAUUUCUUGGCGCAUUUUCUCUGUCGGACGGUUGUUGCAGUGCUGGUGAUUUGUGUGGGUCGUGUAGUUGUGUGCGGUGUUCUCCAUUGUUCACUGUGGACAGAACGAUUCACGCCAGGCGGCGUGGACAGAGUGAGGCCUUGACGGAGUGGUUGGUUGUGACGGUUUUGCUGCCGGCGCAAUGCCGGACAGUGUGCGGUACAACAUCAAGUACUUGGUAUCCAAUGUAGAUGUGUCACUGAUCUUGGAGGACCUGCUGGAGAAGGAUGUCCUCAGUGAAGAGGAAUACGUUACUGCCUCUGGAAAGGAAAACGAGAAGUGGGAUCUUUCAAAGUAUGUAGUGAGGCUGAUGCUAACGAAAACGGACGAACAGGUGGAUAGAUUCCUGAAUUUGAUUCAACACAGCCAGCCUCAUGUAGCGGAGCAUAUUGCCAGUACCAUGGCGAACCGACGCAAAGCAACUGCCGGUGGGAAAACUGACCGUCCAACGAAGCCAAUGUCGGCAGAUCGUGAGUCAACACGUGACCCGUCCUCCGACAAUCCGUUUGACCUGACAAGGUUUGUGUGUGACAUUCAACCAUGGUUGAACAAAGUUGACGCAGAUCGACUGCGACAGAUGGUGAUCAAGAAACAUCUCAUAACUGACAGCGCAUCAAUAGAGAGACUAAAGAGAAUUCAGUCCCGGGAUGGACUAUCUGAUCAUAAUGAGGCGCUCAUCCAGUUGCUCAGAGCUGGUGGCCUAAAGACUUAUCGUGAUCUCUGUGUUGUCAUUGAGGAACUUGGUUAUGCCGACAAGAGCAAGGAAAUGCUCUCCAUUUUGUCCCACCCAGGUAUCACCAUGACAACAGUUGGCAAACAGAAAACACAGCCAUUGCAGCACACAGUGGGAGCUUGUCAGGCAGACCAACAACGGACGUCCAACAGAUGUGAACCAAUCUUCAAACAACCAACAUCAGCUGAAACAACAGCCAGUGUAACUAGAACGGGUACAACAUCCAAUACAACAUUGACUACAACACAGGAUUCAACAAGAUCAGCAACUUCAAGCCAGUCAUCUCUACCGGACAAAGACCGACACUUCACUGGCAGGAAUGACAUUGUUAAAGAGAUCAGUCACAACAUUAUCACAACAAAGUCCAAGUCAUCAUCUACACGUGUGCAGAGUCUUGUGGCACCAGCUGGUUUUGGUAAGACGUCCGUAGCCAUUGCUGUUGGACAUGUAUGUCGCAAUGCUGGUUGUCGUGUGGAGUUCUUUGACUUACGCGGUGUAGCUGGUGUUGAUGCUGUCCAGGCAAUGAUUCAGAACCGACUCGAAACAAACCCAGCUUCAUCUGAAACUACUGGCAAGACAACAAAAUCAACUGAUGCCAUGGAUGAUGAUGGUGGCAAACACCACAUGCUAGUUAUUCUGGACAAUGCCGAGGAUGCUAUCCAGGCCAAUGCGGAUAAGGAUUUCCAACUACAAGAUGUCAUACAACGACUACUACGCCAACAACACAGCGUACAUGUCCUACUGACAAGUCGUGUUUACUUUGACCUACACGCUGCCCAGUUUAAACUACAACAACACCGUCUUGAUGGUCUGACAAAGCUGGUCUUCUACAAGGUGGCCGAUUAA